UUCAUUGUUAUAGAGUUUGAUAACAUUUAUUUGAAGCAAAAGCAUGGCUGCGCAGAAUGAGUCAUUAUUAGAGUAAAUUACCGCGUACUUGCUAGGUUAAGUUCACAAUGUUCAGUCUAUUGAAACUUUGGUUUAACCCCAAAUAAUCGUUUAACACACGUUUGAGAUCAUUUCUUGUAUUUUGUUUAGUGGAUUUAAUAACUAUGAAGAAAUUAAAAUCUAACAUCAAUAUUUUGGGUAAAAUGAACGUGUUUGAACUUGUUUUAAGAGAAGCCAUGAAAAUUUGUGUGCAAGAGUGAUUUAAAUAACGCUAUGUAACAUCUAACUUCAUACCUAAAUGUUAACCUUAAAAAUUAAAAAUUAACCUACAAAUUUCAAAGCAAAGUAGAGAAAUAAAAUGGAUAUUACAGUAGACAAAUUAGAUUUGCAUGUAGUGAAGCUUGAUUUAGCUAAAGGAAUUAAAGAAUGUUCGGAGCGGGGGUUAAUACAUUCUGUGAAAUGGUUGUCCGAACUCAAUUUUUCUUUAUCUUAUAUAAAACUACCAUCGGAAGAUUACAAUCAAAUUUCUAACGUUUACGACGACGAAUACGAUGUUUACGCUAUGGCUAAAUCUUAUUUAGAUUUAAAAGAAUACGAUCGAUGUGCUCAUUAUACCAAAAAUUGUGUUAAUUUAAGAACAAGAUUUUUACAUUUUUAUUCUAGAUAUUUAUCGAUUGAAAAAAAGAAAUUAGAUAAUAUGACCGAUUCUCAUUGUCCACCGGAUCCGAUGAAUAAUGCAGCAUUAAAAAAUUUAUGUGCCGAUUUAAAAGCGGAUUAUUAUGACAAGAAAAUGGAUGGUUAUUGUUUGUAUUUAUAUGGGGUUGUGUUAAAACGUCUUGAAGUAACUAACACAGCUAUCGAUGUUUUUAAUGAAGCUGUAAAUGCAACUCCAAUUUUAUGGAGUGCUUGGCAAGAAUUAGCUCAAAUGAUACCAAAUAAAAAUAAAUUAAUGUCAAUGACUUUUGCGAACCAUUGGAUGAAACCUUUUUUUCUUGCUUUCGCUUAUUUAGAACAUUUGUGUAACGAUGAGAGUUUAGAAAUUUAUUGUAACUUGCAUGAUCAAGGUUUUCAUAAAAGUUCGUUUUUGAUGGCACAAACUGCCAUUGUACAUCAUAAUAGAAGAGAGCUAGAAAAAUCGAUAGAAGCAUUUAAAGAAUUAAUAAAAGAUGAUCCUUAUCGUUUAGAUAAUUUAGACACUUACUCAAAUUUGCUUUAUGUAAGAGAAUUAAAAAGCGAUUUAGCUUAUUUGGCACACACAGCAGUGGCCAUUGAUAAAUAUCGCGUUGAAACUUGUUGUAUUAUCGGAAAUUAUUAUAGUAUUCGUUCAGAUCAUCCAAAAGCAGUUUUGUACUUUCAAAGGGCUUUAAAAUUAAACCCACAAUAUUUAUCAGCUUGGACACUAAUGGGGCACGAAUACAUGGAAAUGAAAAAUACCAACGCAGCGAUUCAAUGUUAUAGGCACGCCAUUGAAAUUAAUAAACGAGAUUAUCGUGCUUGGUACGGUUUAGGACAAACUUAUGAAAUAUUAAAAAUGCCUUAUUAUUGUAUGUAUUACUAUAAACAAGCCCAACAUUUACGACCGGUUGAUAGCCGAAUGUUGGUGGCUUUAGGAGAGACAUACGAAAAAUUAGACAAAAUUGAAUAUGCCCUAAAAUGUUAUUAUAAAGCAUGCAACCUUGGUGACAUCGAAGGAAUGGCUUUAGUUAAAUUGGCUAAGUUAUAUGUAAAGUUGAAUCAUCAAGUAAAUGCUGCUGCAGCUUAUGCUGAAUUUGUGGGUAAAAUCGAAUUGAAAAACUCGAUGACUUAUGAAGACCAAGGCGAAUUUUGUAUGGCCCUCCAAUUUUUGGCACAUUACCACAUGAACAAAGGAGAAUAUGAUGAAGCUCAAAUGUAUGCAAAUAAAUUGUUAGAAAUCGAUCAAACGAAAGAAAAUGGUAGAGCUUUAUUAAAAACUAUAGCUGCUAAAAGAGGUGAACAAGAAUCAGAAUUAAUGCCCAUGGAUGAAACCGGUAAUAUUUCCAAUAUGAAUAUGACAAACAUCUCAAACGUCGAGAUGGUGUUUUCACCUCAAUAGCUUAAAAAUUUAAGAAUGUUUAAUUUUAUAUUAUAGAUGAAUAAAUUUAUUUUUUUGUAUUAUGA